CCAAUCAUUCUAUCAUGAAAAUGUGUUAAGCAGGGACGUGUUAAGCGAGUAAUUACUGUACUUUAUCAAAAAAGGUUGACACACACUGAAUUAGUGUCCAUGCUACAUGAAGCUGAUAGAGAAGGUGCUAAGUGCUCUUAAGUACCCAUUGUUUGGGUUUUUUGUCAUUAGGAUGAAGGGGUGUAAGCGACUAGUGAUGUGACUUGUUGCUCCUCCGCUUGCUGCCUCUAUCAGAGAGAGGCAGCAAAGGUGGGGAGCAGGAGCCGGUGCUGGGGAAAGCCAGGUUAAAAGAGCCCCGGCAGGGUUUUGCUACAGUUAAAAGGUGGAGGCGCCCUUAUAGACUAAUUGAAUAGUUGAUGGAAAUCCCAUCGACUAUCUGAUUAAUUAAUUAAUCUAAAUUUAACAUUCCUAUUAGGAUGUGGAAUGUAGCAAGCCAUCCAUCCAGUGUCUCUGUUCAUACCUCCGUUGAAGGAAACAAACUUAAUUUAUAAGUUGAAACCAAAAAUGAAGUUGAGUUCUUCGAGUGCUUGCUUAUGUCCAUUCCACUUAGGUGCGUGCGUGCGUGCCACGUGUACAAAUGCCAGAACUUUUUUACCCUUGGCAGUUCCCGUUGGGACAGCUUGUGAGCCCUCUAGAGUGGCACCAGUAGGGCCACACAUAUAUGGCCCUGCUGGCACCAUUUCCCCCUCAGUUCCUUCUUACUGCCUGUGAUGGUCGACCGGAACACUUGUCUUGCCUUUCAAGACUUCCCUUAGUACUUCAGUUAGCUUAUCUAGUUUAAAUAGUUGGUAAUCCUCAGUUAUGAUUAGUUCUUUGUCGUAGAUAGUUAGGAGUCAUAUUUCUCCUCCACCCCCAGGCAUGCAGCGGCCUCAAGACUUCAAACCGUACCAGCGUUAUUCCAAGCCUAUGCCCCAUGGGGACCCCCAUAAAGAGUAUUUAAAGUGCUUGGGUGAGGGGCACCUUAUGGACUCCUGUAAAAUUUGCAAGUCAUUCAAGCCAUAAACGAAGAGAGAAUGCAGCUCUAGACUUAAACUUCUCUUGAUGGUGUUGGCACUACAACCCCAGGCCCUGGAGCCGCCGUCAAUACAGAGCACACCACGGUUGGUGUGGGAAGCCAGGCACCCGGAUAGACAUUCCACAGCCCGGGAGCACUAGUCGGCACCGCAGCACCGAUCCCAGUUCCUGGUGCCACACGCACAUAAGGGAGCACGUAGAGGCAGAUUGCCCUCCAGAAGGGGAAGAGAGGAGUGACAGAAGGAAGGGCACCCCAACCCAGGAGGGGCUGUCAGAGAGAGAGCAGUCCCAAAACCCCGGACCUGUCUGGAGAAAGUCCGGCAGCUGCUGAUGCCAGAGACAUUCUUGGCAGUACAGGAACUCAUUUAGUUCACGGCAUUGCCAGGAUCGGCACCACAUGGUGCACAGGUCCAAUUGAGCCGAGAGAGACAGGGCACCCUGAUGGCCCCGGUGCCUCCUCGAGCACCAUCUACCCCGGCACUCACUGGGAGAAAUAACUGACCCGGCACCGACCAUGUGGUUGGCACCGACUCUGGUGGUACAGGACCCUGUGCGUGUCAGACCACAUGUGGUCCCGGCACCAUGUCUGCCAGCACCGGAGAGUGAAACCAUGCCCCCACUGGCACCACGUAGGUACUGAAGCAAACCAUCUGCCAUGGCCCAGCACACGCAGCAGAGGGGCCAAGAGUCGCCAAUGGCACCACCAUGGUCAGCAUUUGAUUACUCAUCUGAAUUGGAAGUGGAAUCUCUAUCUUCCAGAGCCCCCUCAAGACACUCUGGCAGGUCGCAUAGGUCGAGAUCUCGGUACCAAUCCAGAUCUUGGCACCAAUCGAGCUCCUGGCACCAGUCAAGAGCACAUAGCUCAUUGGUGGUGCAGUCUUGGCAACCACCUCCUCAGUGGCCCUUCUGUACCUCAUGAGCGUAUGACCAGGCCCAGGGCCAGAACUCGAUGAGGUCGAGGUCAGUCGUUGCAUCAUCAUGCUCGGAUCGCAGAACGGCCCUCUCUGCUACUCCACUCAUCAGGGACCCAGGGUCAGAGAGCCAGGCCCCCCUCCCCCGGGUCGAUUGGAACUUCGAUUCACCACCAACAACCAAUCGCACAAGACCAGACCAUAACACAGCCCUCCCAAACUGCAGGAGACAUGCCUCCGCAAGGACAGCCAAUGCUGAGGGACCUGAUGAAGCCCUAGCAGAUCCGUCCCCAGCCAUGCCAUCUGUGGACAUGCAGGCACACCAGGAUAUCCUUAAAAGGCUGGCCCAGAAUCUAGGGGUACAGGCCAAGGAAGUUAGAGGAGGCGGAUCCAGUGGUGGACAUCAUCACUGCAGAUGGCGCCACCAAAACUGCCCUCCUCUUGAAUAAAAGAGGCAAAAAUCACCAAAACCCUCUGGCAGACCCCAGCAUCCAUAUCACCUACCCAGAAGGGGGUUGAGACACAGAACUAUGUCCCUCAAGCUGAUCAUGAGCACCUGUUUACUCACCCACCCCCGGGCUUGGCAGAAAAGCAUGCACAACGGCUUGGAUAUCAAGCUGAGGAUAGCCAACCAGCAGGUUAUGCUCUUCAGAUAUGCCUACAACUCCUGAGUGGCCGUCAACAAGUUCAAAGCCCGACUACUGCAGGACUCCCAGCAGGAGUUCGCAGCUUUCAUGGAGGAAGGAAGAGUCGUCUCCAGGUCAGCCCUUCAAACCACUCUAGACGCAGUGGACUCUGCAGCAUGAGCUAUGGCCACGGGCAUAGACAUGCGCUGAAGCUCUUGGCUCCAGGUUUUGGGUAUUCUCUCGGAAGUGCAGAUGACACUCCAACCCUUUGAAGGGUUGGGCCUCUUCUUGUAGCAGGCAGAAAGUAGGCUACAUAGCCUAAAAUAUUCUAGGGCAACAUUGAAAUCUUUAGGGAUUCAUACCCUGGCCCUACAGCGUCGCCCACUGAACCCACAGGGACAGAGGGGAUACAAUCGGGGGCCAGAUUCGACAGUAGGCGUAGGAAUCAGGGUAAUAACACUAGGAAUCCCAGGAGGCGCUCCCGCUUGGGCUUGGACCAGAAUCAGGGACACCCAAAUAAGCCCCAGGGCCCGAGGUCGGGAAUUUGAAUGUACACCUGAGGACAGCACGCCUGUGCCAGCACCAGCCCCAGUACUAGAUCGCCCCUUCUUGGACAGGCUAUCCCCUUUCCACCAUGCCUGGAGAGCCAUCACUUUGGACUGCUGGGUCCUAGUUGUUGUGGCAAGGGGAUAUUCUAUCCCAUUCCUGUCUCUCCUUUCCUCCCAUCCCUUUUCAGGAACCCCUCUCACGAGCACCUCCUUCGUCAGGAGGUCUCUUCGUGCCUGUCUAUGGGGGCUGUGAAAAAGGUCCCAUCUGGCCUCAGGGGAAAGGGGUUUUAUUCCCACUACUUCCUUAUCCUGAAGUCCAAAGGGUAUGUGCGCCCCAUCCUGGUCCUGAGAGGGCUAAACACUUAUAAAAGAAAAUCAAGGUUCAGAAUGGUAACAUUGGUCUCCAUUAUCCCAUCACUCGAUCUAGGGGACUGGUAUGCUGCCCUUGACCUAAAGGACGCAUACUUCCACAUUUCCAUCACUCCUCAUCACAGAAGUUUCCUGCAAUUUGUUGUGAGAAGAGACCAUUAUCAGUUUGCAGUGCUACUGUUUGAACUAUCCACCACACCCAGGGUGUUCACCAAGUGCAUGGUGGUGGUAGCAGCCUUUCUGAGGAAGAGGGGGCUUCACAUUUACCCUUACCUUGACAAUUGGCUCAUUAGAGGCCAUUCCUGGGAACAGGUACAACAGUUUAUAGUGCUAGCCAGACAGAACUUUGUGCAGUUAGGCCUCUUGCUGAAUGAGUCAAAGUUGACCCUCAUACCUACCCAGGUCAUAGAAUUAAUAGGUGCAAGACUAGAUGCCACAACAAGGAGAGCAUACCUCCCAGGCCUCAGGUUCGAUUCCCUAAAGGAAAUUAUUCAACACCUUUGGGCUGCCCCUAUGACCACAGUGAGGCAGUGCCUGAGACCGCUGGGCCACAUGGCAGCAUGCACGUACGUGGUGCAAUACACCAGGUUAUGCCUCCAACCUGUGCAAUCCUGGUUGGCGAAGGUCUACAGGCCAGCUUGUGACGAUAUAGACAUGGUGGUCACCAUCUCCCCUCUCUCCCCCCCCUCCCAAAGUCCUAUCAACACUGGACCGGUGGACAAGGGAGAGAGAUGUGUGCAAUAGAGCCCCGUUCACCCAGCCCCUCCCCAUGCUACAGUUGGGGAUGGAUGCCUCUGAUGCCAGCUGGGGAUCCCACCUGGAGAAACUGGACACAUGGUAUGUGGUCUGAGGCAGAGAGAGCUGCAUAUCCAUGUCAGGGAGCUGAAGGCGGUUUGGCUUGCUUACCAAACGUUCCUCCCCCUUUUGAGGGGCAACUGUGUUUCCGUACAGGCGGACAACACAGCAGCAAUGUACUAUAUCAGCAGACAGGGUGGUGCUCGCUCCUCUUCCCUCUGGCAGGAGGCGAUAGCCCCUCUGGGAGCUAUACAUUGCUCACAGGAUACACCUGCAGGCAACCUAUCUUCCUGGGGCCUGCAAUACCCUGGUGGAUUGGCUCAGCAGAGCGUUCUCUGCUCAUGAGUGAUCUCUCAAGGGGGAGGUGAUCAGCACCCUUUUUUGCAGGUGGGGAACUCCCCUCAUAGAUGUCUUCACUUUGAGAUGCAACAGGAAGUGCCCCAGGUUUUGCUUGUACUGCAGGCGGGAACUGGGGUCAGUUGUGGAUGCCUUAACAAUUGGAUAGCCGAAGGAUCUCCUCUAUGCUUUUCCCCCCUUCCCAUUGAUUCAUGAGGUACUCUUAAGGGUCAGAAGAUACAGAGCAACACUGAUCCUCAUUGCCCCAGCAUGGCCAAGGCAACACUGAUUCACCACCCUGCGGGACCUCUUGGUGAAAGACCCUAUUCCCCUCCCCCCAGUCCCGGACUUGCUGGCACAGGACAUCGGUCAGGGUCUCCUGUGUCAUCCAAACCUGCAGUCCCUCCACCUCACGGCCUGGCUACGAGGAGGGGAGCUCCUUUGCUCGAAUCCGGUGAAGAGAGAAGAUGGAGAGAAGGAAACCUUCCACUAGGGCGACCUAUUGGGCCAAAUGGAGGUUUUCAGAUUGGGUCACUAAGGAAGGAAGGGACCCAGUAUCAGCUCAUCCAGAUGAUUCUGGACUAUCUCCUUAACCUUAGACAACAGGGGUUAUCUUCCUCAUUGGUCAGAGUUCACCUGGCAGCCAUUGCAGCCUUUCACCAAGGGGAGGGUGGGCGUUUGGUAUUUGCCCACUCUAUGAUCAAGAGAUUCCUGAAGAGGCUGGACAGACUUUACCCCCAGGUUAAGCAACCCAUCCCCCAAUGGGACUUGAACCUGGUGCUUUGGGGCCUCAUAGGAGCCCCAUUUGAGCCAUUAGCUACUUGUUCUCUCUCUCAUCUAUCCUGGAAGGUCGCAUUCCCGGUGGCCAUCAUCUUGGCUAGAAGUGUUUCGGAGCUAUGUGCCCUCUUUUUGGAGCCGCCGAAUAUGGUGUUUUCAAAGGACAACGUGACCCUACAUCCACACCCAGCCUUUCUGCCCAAGGUGGUGUCCCUGUUCCACAUAUCCCAGGAAAUUUUCCUGCCAGUGUUUUAUCCCAAACCACAUGCGGAUAGGAAAGAACAAGCAUUAUAUACACUAGAUGUUAGGAGGCCACUCGCCUUUUAUUUGGAAAGGAUGAGACAAUUCUGCAAAUCUACUCAGCUCUUUGGGUCUAUAGCAGAGAGGAUGAAAGGUUGCCCUGUGUCAGCUCAAUGUCUAUUCUCUUGGAUUACUGCCUGCAUCAGGGCAUGCUACGACCUGAAGGGGAAACCAGUGCCUCCUCUCAUGGCCCAUUCCACCAGGGCAUUGGCAUCUUCCAUGACAUUCUAGGCACAAGUGCCGAUUCUAGACAUUUGCAGGGCAGCCAUGUGGUCAUCAGUCCACACGUUCACUACCCACCAUGCAAUCAGGCAACAGGCUAGGCAGGAUUGCAGCUGUGGGCGCAGCAAUGCUGCAGUCUGUUUCUCUUUAGGCUUUCAACCCUGCCUCCGUGGAGUGGCUUGGGAAUCACCUAAGUGAAAUGGACAUAAGCAAGCACUCGAAGAAGAAAAGAUGGUUACUUACUUCUUAACUGUUGUUCUUUGAGAUGUUGAGGAUAUAGGGAAGAUUCCAAAAUGUGAGCCAUUCUUUUUAGGUGACAAAUUUGUCCCAGAUUGAGGUGUCCUUAGAGGAGGUUUUGGAACAAAUUGAUAACAGUAACAAGUCACUGGGAAAGAACUCAAAUGCGAAAUUGUGGAACUGUGAACUGUGGUUUGUAAACUAUCCUUUAAGUCAGCUUCUGUACCUAAUGCAUGGCAGAUAGCUAAUGUGACGCCAAUAUUUAAAAAGAGCUCUAGAGGCGAUCC